AUGUUUCUGAUGGAUGUGCUGCGCGGGCAGAUAGUCGAUCGGACGGGCAGAAACCCGAGCCGGCUGAAGCUGCUCGUCAUCCCCCUCCCCCUGUUGACCGUCCCCCAGCAGUUUUCCACCUCGAACCCAACACAAACUCGAAAGCCCUAUACGAAGCCUGAGACCGUGCUUCGGCGCUCCGAGGAGCUACUCUCCGUCAACCAGCCCAUGUCCGCCUUGGCAUCGAUCUCUGAAAUCUUCUCCUCCAAGCGAUUCAGGCAGACACCGCUCUCAUCCCUCGAACCGAUCAUGCUCCGAUUCAUCGAUCUCUGUGUCCUCCUCCGAAAGACCAGGAACGUCAAGGAGGGGCUACACAUGUACAAGAACGUAGCCCAGAACACCAGCGUCAGCAGCGUCGAGAUGGUCAUCCAGCACUUCAUCACAAAGUCCAAGGAGAAGCUGGUCGAAGCCCUGGCCAAGGUCGACGAGAUCGAAGGCCCGCUCGUCACCGAGGGAGCCGAGCAGGAGAUCGCUGCCGCCCUCGUCGACGAUCUCGAGGCCACCGAAACCCCAGAGAGCCUGCUGAUGUCCACCGUCAGCGAAGAAAAAUCCAGAGACCGUACCUACCGUGAAUUGGUCACCCCCUGGUUAAGAUCGCUCUGGGAGGCCUACCGAACUGCUCUUGAUAUCCUCCGGAACAACUCUCGUCUGGAAAACUUCUACCAGCAAAUCGCCACCGAGGCUUUCGAGUUCUGUCUCACUCACACCCGCAAGACCGAGUUCAGGAGACUGGCUGAGACGUUGCGAUCGAACCUCGCUUCAUCCCAAAAGUACACCAACCAGGCCCACUCUAUCAACCUAUCCGAUCCGGAUGUGCUCCAGCGUCACCUCGAGACCCGUUUCCAACAGCUCAACACAUCCGUCAAGCUCGAAUUAUGGCAGGAAUCUUUCCGGACCGCCGAAGAUAUCCACGGUCUCAUCGGCUUGAGCAAAAAGGUGCCCAAGAGCCAUGUCAUGAGUGCCUUCUACGAAAAGAUGAUCAAGGUCUUUGGUGUCGGCGAAAACCAUUUGUUCCACGCGGCUGCCUACAACAAGUAUUUCACCAUCCAAGCCAACAUUGUCGCCGAUCAACCGGAGAAACUCAAAAAGUUGUCCGGUCUCGUCUUACUAUCUGCCCUCGCCGUACCCGUCGUGGGCCCGAACACGUCUACCCACGAAUCUCAUCGGAAGGUGAGGGAAAACGAGGAGGAUGCCAACAGCUUGGCCAAGACCAAACUGGGUCGUCUCGCUAGCUUGCUGGGCUUGACUUCCUUGCCCACUCGUGCCAACCUGCUGAAAGAUGCUCUGAUGAGAGGAGUCUUGAAGAAGUCAUCGCCAGAGUUGCGCUCGUUAUACGAAAUCCUUGAAGUCGAUUUCCAUCCCCUCUCGAUCACUUCCAAGAUCCAGCCCAUCCUACAGCAACUUUCUGAGGAUGAAGAAACCAAGCGAUACCUCGAACCGCUCAAAGAGGUCGUCCUGACCCGUCUGUUCCAGCAACUCUCCCAAGUCUAUGAUUCUCUCAAGCUAAAUCGAGUGAUCAAAUUAGCGUCCUUCGGGGACUCGGACCCUGAGAACUUGAGAGUCACUCGGAUCAGAGUCGAAAAGUUUUUGAUGGAAGCUUGUAAACGCGGGGAAUUGGAGGUCACGUUGGACCAUUCGAGCCAGCUGAUCAAAUUCACUGACCGAUUGUUCGAGAACGACACUAACAAUCAAAUCAGCUCAACCCAACUUCCGAUGUCGAACAUCCCAUCUUUGUUGAGCUUCAACAGGGACCAAGACUUGGUCCCCACGCAGAGUCUCACCAAGAGCGGCGUCCUUCAACCCAACUCGGCCAGCUUACUUCGCACUCAUCUGACCCGCUUGGCUAGCGCCCUCACCGUAUCCCUCAACCACAUCAUGCCCGUUCUUUCGACGAUCAAUCAGACUACCGCCCCUGACCUUGAUCUGGUGAAAUCGGUCGCCCUCCAAGCCUUGCAGAUUGACGGGCCCAAGCAGAGAAAGAUGCUACAGAAACGAAAGGUAACGAUCGAAGAACGAAAACGAAAGGUGGAAGAGCUCAAACAGAAGCAGGACAUCGAGGAGGCUAAAGCCAAAGCGCUGAGAAUCAUCCAGAUCCAGGAAGAACAGCAGAUCCGACUGCAGAAGCAGAAUAAGGAGAGAGAGAUCAAGAAGCUCAAGGAUGAAGCCGACAAGAUCCGGGCUGCUGAAGCCGAGAAAGUCGCCAUCGCCCUGGCCGCGCAAGCCGGUCUCAAUGUUGAUAUUAAGAACUUGAAGGGCGUAGAUACCAACAUGAUCAUCCAGAUGGGAGUCGAACAGAUCGAAAAAGAAAAGAAAGAAUUAGCUGCGAAGAUGAAGACGGUCAACAAACGACUAGAUCACACCGAACGAGCCUUGCGACGAGAAGAAAUUCCACUGCUGGAGGAAGAUUAUAAACUGCAGCAAACUAGAGAUGAGGCGAACAUGAAGAAGUUGCAACAGGAGUUCAUCGAAGGCUUACAAACCAAGCACGCCAAUGAAGUGACGAUCAAACACAAACUGAAGAAGAUGAUGCCCGAUUUCCUCAAGUUCAAAGAGCGGGUGGCCAACCAGCGAGGCCAUGAUUACAAAAAAGCCAAGGAAGAGUCGUUGAUCAAGAUUGAGCAAGCGAAGAUCGAGCGACGAGCGCAAGUGGUGCGGGAGCGCAAGCUUGCGAAGGCCAAGAAGCUUGAGGAGGAGCGACUGGCCAAGGAGAAAGAGGCUGAGGAGCUCAGGAUGAAGGAAGAGGCCGAGCGGCUCGAGGAGGAACGAAAGAAGAAGCAGGCCGAGAUCGAGGAGCAGGAUCGCAUCUUCAGGGCCGAGGCCGAAGCCAAAGCCAAGGCUAUGCGCGAAGAGCGUGAGAAGGAGAGAGCUGCUGCUGCUGAAAGUGCUGCUAGACAAGCCCAGAGAGAAGCCGAAGCUAUGGCGAAGCGAGAGAACAGGAAACUCGCCGAACGAGCUGCUGCGCCUCUAUCUUCCACAGUGCCAGCUGUGAAGGCUAGCGAGCCAUGGCGCCGUCCAGGGAUGGGCGACUCGGGGGCCGCGCCCGUGAGUGGAGUGACUGCGGCGACGGCGACGGGCGAGGUCCGGUCUCCGAUGGUUCCAGCGCCGGCGGAGAUCAAGCAGCGACCGACGAUCUUGCCCGGCGCAGCGAAGGCGGGCGGUUGGCGAGAACGGAUGGCGGCGAAGGGCGGCGAGGAGGCGGACAGCGGGGCCAGCUCUGGUGGUGAUCACUCCCCCGCAGUGAACACCCAGCGGAACCACGAGCCAUCAGCAGAAGAUGCCCUCCGCCCACCGCCGCUCCUCGCUCAGAAGCCCCGCCGCUGCCAGAGCAGGAACGGCCCCGCACCCCGCCGGGCUCCUCAGUGGCCGGCACGCCCGAGCCGGAUCCCGUGCCGGGUCCACUCUGGAGGGCUCGCGCGGGCCCGGCCCCGGAGCCCUGCGGCUGCCCGUCGCGCCGAGGGUCCGCGGCUCCGGCUCUCCAGCUGCCCGCUCGAGCGCACCCUCGUCUCCGAGCCCCACCAGCGCACACUGUUCCUCCCCGUCAGCCGCGCCCGCCAUGCCCUCUCGCCCUGCCUCUCGGCGCCCUCCACGAUCCGCUGCUCGCUCUCGACCCGGGAGCCCGGCGGCUGCAAACAGCUGCUCCAGAGGCUCAGCCGGCCGGCGCCUGCCCAGCCCCCCGGCCCUGCGAGCCUGUCGCACGGCAAGGCGUACACCCUCUCGCCCUCCUGGUGCUCGCCCAGCAUCCACCGCGCCGCACGCAAGCACACCCGCCCCGCCAACCCGAUCCUCUCCGUGUUCCUCAAGAACAACGGCGGCGCCGGACCCCGCCCGGGACUCCGCUAUCCGGCUCGCCCUCCUCCGACGCCAGCGCCUCCUCGCGCCUCCACGGCUCGGGCUGGAAUCGCAGCCCUCCUGGGGACCGCCCGCGCCUACGAAUGCCCCGAGGAGAACCAGGAGGAGGUCGACCGGAACGGCUUCUUCCACCAGGGCUUCCACGUCGGAUGGGACAUGCACCACAUCGGCUGGGCCGUUGCGGGCGUCAUGGCCGCCAUCGCAUCCCUUGCCAGCCUGGCUAACAUAUAG